GCCGCUCAUCUGCUGCCCGCGCCGCCUUGCGUUGGUCACAUCUGACGCCGACAACAAGCAAGAAUCGUCCGUUCGUCGACGAAACAGCCACCCGAGCGAGGCCACCUUGACUGGAAGCGAAACGAGUACCAUUCGCCAUGUCCACAUCCCACUCUGGUAGCGAUUCGGAUUGCUAUUCAAGCGGAUACAGUGAUUCGGAUGAUGACGUUGUAGAACGCAAGAAGGCUAUUCCUCGCGUCCUUGCAAAUUACUACCUCGAACAGGUCCUUGGAUCAGGCUACUCUGGCUCUAUCUACAGGGCGAAGCAUCUACAUACCGGAAAAGUUGUAGCCCUCAAAGUCCAAGAUGUCGACCACGAAUGUCCAACAAAUCGAUACGAACGCUACCUCUACCCAUAUUUGCAGGGAGGGAAGGGGAUGCCGACACUGUGGGCCGCUGGGAUGCAGGGAGGCUGGGAUUACCUUGCCAUUGAUCUUCUGGGUCCAAGUUUGGAUAACCUUUUCAGACAGACUGGAAAGGAUACCAUGGAUCUAGGCAGCGUUUGUUCAAUCGCCAUGCAACUCAUCGCCCGAUUACAAUUCAUGCACACAAGAGGUGUCCUUCAUCGAGAUAUUCAACUCGGAAACUGUGUCAUUGGCCUUCCACCCAACGACAAGACGAUUUACAUGAUUGAUUUCGGGUUUUCGAAACAGUAUAUUGACCCGCACACUAAACGCCACAUCACCGACAGUCGGUCGAAGCGGAGCUUUAUUGGCAAUUACUGGUUCAGUUCAGUCAACGUCCAUUGCAGAGGCCGAGUACCGUCACGGCGAGAUGACCUCGAGGCAGCGGCCCUGAUGCUUAUCCAUCUCCUAACACCAAGAGGGCUGACCUGGACACGCAACGGCAUCCCUAAAACUGAUGAAGCACACGAUGCGUUGAUGGAUGAAAAACGCGCAGCCAGGCCUGAAGAUCUAUGUCGAGGCCUACCGGUCGAGUUCGAAGACUUCCUUCGGUACACGCGCAAACUCAAGUUUGAACAAUGUCCCGACUACGAAACUUGGAUAGAGAACUUCAGACAGCUGAAGGUAGAGAGUGGCUAUUCUCCGAGUGAGGAUCUGGUUUGGCCGCCACAACCUCCACAAAUGCGCAAACCGGUUACCAUUCACACCCCACUCCGUAUUCGCGUGCCCGGUGCGGUGCAUCGAGAUGAGAUGGAGGGUAUCCUUAAUGGAUUAACCAAUCUCAACCUUCAGGCUGCCAGGCCUGUUUUGGGAGAUCGGACCAACGUGGUUCCCCGCACAUUACUGCUAUCGAAGGAGAAGCCGGUAGCCACGGUUAAUGUUAGCAGUGGCUCAGAGGAGAACAAAUCGGCGCUUCCCCAACGUCGCUACGCCAAACCGAAGGCAAUGAUAUUGUUGGACCUGGCAAAGAAGGCGUCAACCGCUACCGACAAUGCUUCACUAGCUCGACUGGUGAAGGAGUUUGUCAAGGCGUUGCAGAUGAACAGUUCGAGAACGUUGACCAAGGAGGGAUCCCAGUUCCUCGAUGUGCUGUACAAGCAAUUGGACGAUCCUUCGGUGUUCAUCCCUCCAAAGCGGCCAAGCCGAGGAAGGUCUACUAUUGAGCAGCAGCAGCAGGAACCAGCUCGCGCCAAGUUUGGGGUUAUAGCGCGACUCCGCUAUGAAGUCAAGUCUGCACCAAGCAACAAGGCCCUUGGGAGCCUCGUGUCGGAUUUCGCGAAGGUGACGAACAAAUGUGUUGGAAGAACCAUUACAAAAGAUGGCUUCGUGUUCCUUGAAGGCGUGGCAGAACGACUCGCUGCUCUCGGUCGCUAA